AUGAACGAAGAAUAUAAACUAGGCAAUUUAGAGAAGCUUACAGUAGCACUCAGAGUUCCAUCGACCCUGGAGAUUUCUCUGGCAAGUAGAACCAAACAAGAAGCAUGUAUGUUGCAAGUGGCUCAGGUCGUCAUUGCUGUCAUAUCUCAGUACCUCACUAUCCAGCUAUUGGUUGAUAUUUUUCACGUUCUCUUCCAUCCAACGAUCACAAAUCUCACUAAGUGUGAGUCAGUUCGUGGACCAAAUGAGACUGCAAAUCAAAGACGCACAAUGGCCAAGAAAAUGGAUCCGAACUGGGGAGUGAAAGUUUUCAAAUUAAAGUUGAACAAGGGUGGAGGGGAUGGGCGUUGUAGCAUAACCCUCCUCCUCUGGACGGCUGAAAUACGCUGCGGCUAA